AUGCAGCACCACCACAUCGACGGCUCAACUGAGUCGCUUCAGACCGCGCACAGCCCGCCCAGUUCUCCGCCACCUGAUAUUCUAGAGCCCGAGCUCACUACCCAGCGUCUGUCGAGUCAAACCACGCUCACAGGGUCUGACCGCCGCCGUUCCAUUAGACACAGCACGCCUAGUGUUCCUCCGCGUCUGAUUAGAGAGGAUGGGUUCGUCACAUCUGAGCACAACCCAACUGACUCCAGCCCUAGCACGCCCAUCCCUUCCAGCUCCCGUCCCCGUCCUCGCAGGCCGUCGUUGUCUGACUUCGACUACGCUGACAUGUGCCUGCGUUAUCAUUACUGGACGCCACAUGGGUACCUACCCCGGACCUAUAUCUCAGAAGAGCUAUGCAUGGCUAUGCUGAUCCCCGCCUCCUCAUUAUUCUUCCUGCUCCUAUGGUAUCCCGAACCAGCAACUGCUAUCCCAAUCUCGCUGACGGCACUGGCAAUAACGCUUUGGGCAAACUACGAAUACUUCAUAGGCCGCCCAUGUUUCUGA